CGUCAACAAAUGCGCCCAAGAUGUACAGCGGACAAGCCACUUAGAGACCGUCAACAAAUGCGCCUCUUACGGAUUUGGCAAAGUGCAGUUUUGACUUUCUGCGUGGCUUUGACUGUGUUUCUUUGUACUGCUCCACCCUACUAUCUCUGCUCAAGUUUGCUAUAGGCCAGGAUGGCCUUCCGUCUUCUUCAGUGUCUAGUCCCUGCAACCCCCUUUGUGUCCUUGGUGGUGCGCCAGUACAGAAGGUCCACUAUGCGUGUUGGACAACUGCUAAAUGUCACUUCACCAGCUUCACUAGGGACAUGCCGCACCAAGAAGACGUGGCCCAGAUGUUUCUCUCAGGAGGAGCUGAGGAAGCGCCUUACGCCCAUACAGUACCAUGUCACACAGGAGAAGGGCACGGAGAGUGCAUUCAGAGGAGAGUAUACAGACAACAAAGAAGAGGGCACGUAUUCGUGUGUAGUCUGUGGGGCCCCUCUUUUCACGUCAGAUAAGAAAUUUGACUCUGGCUCAGGAUGGCCAUCAUUUUUCGAUUUGAUUAAAGAGGACUCAAUAUCGCUGACAGAUGAUUUAUCCUAUGGCAUGCACAGAAUGGAGGCUAGCUGCAGUGAGUGUGGCGCUCACCUGGGGCACCUGUUUGAUGAUGGACCCCGACCCACUGGGAAGCGUUACUGCAUAAACUCUGCUUCUCUCAGCUUCCAGUCAAAAAAUGCUGGUCCUGAAGGGGUAGAGCCAGGUGGAGCCACAGGCCAAUCAGCAUCCUCCAGCAAGAGUGAUCUUUGAGGGGGACAUCUAUAGACCAGUCAGGUGUCGGAGCCUUAGGGUAGACCCUGUCAAAUUCACUCCUUCAUGGGCUACCAACUCUAGUUAGGUCCUUUGGCAGCCAGAAGGCCAUUCAGUUCAGCAGUACAUGAGCAGAAUCAUUUCAUGGCCUUGGCUGACAUGCCAUACACAUCACGGCACACAACAAACCCCAACUGCUGAUCAGGAAGGCUGUUGUGUACUGUUGCUUUUACCCUCUACUAGUGGCUUUAAUAGUGUAAGACUACGCACUGUGGGAUUUUCUUCUAAAAGAUAUAAUGGAAUGCUGUUGUUUGGAAAUUAAUUAUAUAUGUGUACCUUAUCAGAGAUACAUGUUGUUUUUGAAGUGCUAUUUGGAGGUUAGGGUUUUGAGGAAAACACUAUGCAAAGUGCUCUUGUGAGCUGUAAAAUAAGCACCAAGUGGAGAGUAUUCUUUCAAAUAAAAUGUAAUGGAUAACAGAUUAUUAGUCUGAACAGAAAUGCUGCCUGACUUUUUUAAGGUUGCUUUCUUGUCUCCCUGCCUGUGGUGCCUCUUUUUACUCAUAUUCAGAUCUUUGGGGGGGCUCUUGACAAGUGUUAUUAAACAGUUAUUGAGUACA